AUGCAGCAGCAACAGCAAUUACCUUUGCAGCCUGAUGCUGAAUUAAGGGUUAUGAAUGUUGAUGCCAAUGGUAAUGGGAAAAGGGGUCUACCUAAAUUAAGAGAUAUUUGUCGACGCCAACGUCAAGAUUCAGAUUCAGGACCUGAUUGCCCUGAUUUAGAUUUCGUUUAUGAUGAUUCCGAUUCUCAUUUAAAUGAAAUUGCUGAAUUGUACAGCUAUACAGAACAACCAGAAUUUCAGUUAAAUGUCAAAGCUUUUGAGGACCAAAUGGAAAAAUAUAAUCUACCUCCUUUGUGGCAGAAAUUGACAUUAGAUAAGAAGAAAUCAGUCAUUGCAAAAUUGCUUGAUCAAAUGGAGGUAUCAGAUUCACGCCUUAGAAUGCAGUCUGCCAGAUGCUUUUUAUAUCUCGCACAAGGCUGCUGGGCUGAGGUGCAAUCAGAUAAGGAACAAAUUCUAUGUACAAGAGAUAAUGUUCUACUUCUUUAUAAUGAAGGUGUUUUUCAUGCUUUUAUAGAAUUAUUGAAUAUUGAAAUAGAUAGUACAUCCCCAGCAUCUUCAGCUAUGCCUAAAUUUGAUGUCAGCUUAGCAGAUUCCACUGAUCUCAGAGUUAUUUUAAGUGUUUUAUAUAUUAUUGUUGAAGUUAUUCGGUCUCUACAAGAAGAAGAUUUUGAUUUGUAUGAAAAAUAUAUUGAAGCACUAAGACAUGAUCUUUUACAAUUAGUGUGCGAUGAAAUGCUGAUUAUUAAGCUGUUUGGAAUGGUCACCAGAUUUUGUAGUGGAUCUGCUCCUCAUUUUCCUAUGAAGAAAGUUUUGUUGUUACUAUGGAAAUCUAUUUUAGUUUGCCUUGGUGGAAGUGAUGUAUUAAGGAAGUUAAAGUAUGAUUAUCGAAAAGAAGCUGGUUUAGAAACUAUGGAGGAAGACACCAUGGAAGUAGUUCGUAAUAUGAGAGCUUCUUCACCACCUGCUAGUGCUGCCGAAUUGAUAGAAAAUCAGAAUCAGAAAAGACAUGGCAGACUAUUGAGAAGAAGUUUGAUAAAACAGAGUUCCCUUGAUGAACCUAUGGAAUUGGAAUCCUUAGAAGCUGAAGACGAAAUGAGGGAAUAUGAGGAACGACCAAUGGAGGAACCAUUACCUACAAGUAGACCUGAUACUCCUGUCCCAUGCAAAGCCAAAGGUCUUCCUUGGCAACCUAAAGUAAGGCAAAAGGAUCUGGAUUCAUUUUUAGAAAAUACUCGGAUAAAAUUUGUUGGUUUUCCUCUUGAAGGAGAUAGAGAAUCAUUAUUUGGCUUACCAGAACCAAUUCAUGAAGGAGUUAGAGUUUUGAAACAGCAUAUGUAUAGGUCAUUAUCUGAAGUUCAAAUCAGUUUAGAAGAAGAACUAGCGAAAAAUCCUAUUUCUAAAUGUGAAGGACCUAUAAAAGUGACCCCUGCUGAAAUGCUCUAUCAAGCCAUGUUCCCUAACCUUCCGCAGUAUAUGAUAGCAUUACUGAAAAUUUUACUUGCGGCAGCACCUACUUCUAAAGCAAAAACUGAUUCUAUCAACAUUUUAUCAGAUGUCAUCCCUAUCCAAAUGCCUACAACUGUGUUACAGUCAAUGAAGCUUGGUAUUGAUGUUAAUAGGCAUAAAGAAAUAAUUGUCAAAGCAGUAUCUGGAAUUCUUUUGCUAUUGCUUAAGCAUUUUAAAUUAAAUCAUGUAUAUCAAUUUGAAUUCAUGUCACAACAUUUAGUUUUUGCUAACUGCAUUCCUCUUGUACUAAAAUUUUUCAACCAAAACAUAAUGGCUUAUGUUGGAGCAAAAAAUGCCAUUCCUAUUCUCGAUUUCCCAUCAUGUGUUAUUGGUGACCAGCCUGAAUUGACUGUCGAAAGUCUAGAAAUAGGAGAUAAUCAACAGUACUCUUGGAGAAAUUUAUUUUCGUGCAUUAACCUCCUUAGGAUUCUUAAUAAACUUACUAAAUGGAAGCAUUCGCGCAUAAUGAUGCUUGUUGUUUUUAAGUCCGCUCCAAUAUUGAAACGGACACUCAAAGUAAGACAUGCUAUGAUGCAAUUAUAUGUUCUUAAACUACUUAAAAUGCAAACUAAAUAUUUAGGAAGACAGUGGAGGAAAUCCAAUAUGAAAACAAUGAGUGCUAUUUAUCAGAAGGUUAGGCAUAGGUUGAAUGAUGACUGGGCUUAUGGGAACGAUCUAGACGCUCGCCCUUGGGAUUUUCAGGCCGAAGAAUGUGCCCUAAGGUCUUCUGUUGAUAGAUUUAAUACUCGACGGUAUGGAAAUAACAUUGAUCCAGAUUAUGAACCUGUUGAUAAUUGCACACAGUCCGUGCUCGGUCAGUCAAUUGAACUCACUGAUGAAUUUAAAAAACAUUAUCAACUAUGGCUACAGCAAGAAGUUUUCCAGACAACUAUCAGAUGGGAAGAACUCCUUGAUAACACUUAUAUUUGA